AUGGACGAGGAUGAGGAGGACGACGAGGAAGGUGUGGACGAGGACGACGAGGAAGGCAUGGAAGAGGAUGAGGAGGGCGAUGAGGAAGGUGUGGACGAGAACAACGAGGAAGGCGUGGAUGAGGAUGACGAGGACGACGAGGAAGAUGAGGCGUAUGUGGAGUCCAACCGGCGCUUCCUCCGGGAAGAGCAGGCGAAGACCGAUGUGCUCUUCGACAAGCUGGAUGCAGAGCAGGAGGCGGAGGCCAACGACGCCGAUGUCAGAAUGGAGAUAGUGGACAUCUCCGACGAUGGGGAGUAG